UUAAUUUUUAUUGUUUUGCUAGUUAUUACUUUUAAGUAUUUACUUUCUAAUUUAUCUGAAAGGUUAGAUGGUAAAUAUUUUAUAAUUUACAGUUCUGAAUGUGCAAAAUGCAUCUGAUUACAUUAUAUUAUUAACGCUUAAAAUGCGAUAAAAAUAUAUUAAUCAAACAGUUUUUAAUUCUAAUACUUAAUGGGAGAUGGCAUAUGAAUUAACUGCAGAAGGAUUUUUAUCUUCAGCAAAAGCCUUUAUUGAAACAUCUAAUCUUCUUCAUGAUGACUGGAAAUUGUACGAAAACUCGGAUAUCUGUAAAAGUUAUAUUCAGAAAAACACUUUUAUUGACGUCAAAGAACAAUUGUUUAAAGCAGAAUUUGUUAUAUUUUACCAUUUAAGCUAUGGUGUACCCACAUUUAGUUUUAAUAUAUGGGAUUCUACAGGAAUGCCAUUAAAUUUGGAAGAUAUAAGGAAAUUAUCCUUUACAGAGAUAAACCAAAAGGAUUUUUAUUCUGUUAUAACCCAACAGGAACAUCCAGUAUUAUGUCGACCAUUCUUUAUUAUGCAUCCAUGCCACACUUAUCAAUUACUAUCUAGCUUAACAGAAUCUAAGAAUAUUAUUGUAACUUUUCUAGGUCUCAUCACUCCAAUAAUAAAUUUACAACUUUCUUUAAAGUAUGGCUUAUGAUUUUAAUAUUUUCAUUAAAAUCUGGUGCUCACACAUAAAAGGUGUCUUUUUUCAGGAUCUAUGCUUUAUAAUUUACACCCUCAAAUUAUAUACCAAUCACACCUAAUAGAUUAUAAUCUAUCUAUGUCUUAUAAGACAACAAUAUAAAAAGGUUAAUGUUUUUCUUUGAAUAUGAAGUCUUAUGAAUAAAAAAUUGAUGUGCCAGAAACUAAAUUUAAUAUUACUUAAUGGAAAAACAUCACUGCUAUGAUAAAUAACAGCAUAUUGUUCAUGAGUUAUAUAGGCGUACCUUCAAACAUAGUGUACAUGGAAGGUUUCUCAAUUUGCAGAUAAUAAUAAAAAAAUGUUGUUGACAUUACAGCAUUACCUGGCAAACUUAAUAUUAUUUAUGUUUUCUAAGAUCUAAUGUUAGGUAAACAUAGUAAAUGUUUUUAAUAAAUCUGUCUAUGUCCUUUGGGUAUAUUUUUCUAGAUCAGCUGAUGAGAUGAUAUGUAACGAUUUAAUUUUAUAAUCCAUAGUUUGUAACUAUGCAUUUACAAUAAUAGAAUUUAAAGACUUAGAACUUAACUAAGAAAUUUUUUAUGUGAUGAAAUGAUAAAUAUAAAUUACAGUAAUAUAUAUUAGAUAAAGAA